AUGGCGGGCGGGAGUCGGUCACGCCGAAGGGACAGGGCUGAAGACAAGGACUACAAAUCCAAGCGCUAUAAGAGGGCUCCAGGCUCGCCUCCCUUUCGUGGCGCGCUGAUGCUUUUACAUCUUACAGGAGAGAACGGGAAACAUGCCACGUACCGCUUAACGCAGCCACCCGGGGCCCUCUGCCGCAUUCCCCAGCAGUUUGUGUCCGUGUUUCCUCCUGAAAGCAACUAUGAAUCCACUCCAGAGUAUUAUUACAACAAUGAGAGCGACUCCUUCUGCGUGAAGACCAGCGUCAGAGAGUUCGCCAGCUACUUCCUUCCACCUUUUUACUGGCUCGUGUUUGUGGUGGGCGCGCUAGGGAAUAGUCUUGUCAUCACUGUGUACUGGUACUGCACCAGAGUGAAGACCAUGACGGACAUGUUCCUGCUGAACCUGGCGAUUGCUGACCUCCUCUUCCUCCUCACCCUGCCCUUCUGGGCCAUCGCGGCUUCUGACCAGUGGAAAUUCGAGACUGUAAUGUGCAAGUUGGUCAACGCCAUAUACAAGAUGAACUUCUACAGCUCCAUGCUGCUCAUCAUGUGUAUCAGUAUCGAUAGGUAUAUUGUGAUUGCCCAGGCCAUGAAAGCCCAUCACUGGAGGCAGAAGAGGCUUUUUUAUAGCAAAAUGGUGUGUCUUGCCAUCUGGGUGGUGGCCAUCAUGCUGUGUAUCCCAGAAAUCCUGUAUAGCCAAAGUGUGACAAAAUCUGAAGUCACCAUCUGCACAAUGGUCUACAAUGACAGCGCCAAGCUCAAGUCCACCGUUUUGAUGCUAAAGGUUAUUCUGGGUUUCUUUCUCCCACUCAUUGUCAUGGCUUGCUGUUAUGCUAUUAUCAUUUACACCCUGCUUCAGGCCAAGAAGUCAUCUAAACACAAAGCCUUAAAAGUGACCAUCUCGGUCCUCACGGUCUUUGUCUUAUCACAGUUUCCCUACAACAUCAUUCUAUUGGUGCAGGCCAUUGAUGCCUACAUAAUAUUCAUUUCUGACUGUGACCUUUCCACUCGCAUUGACAUCUGUUUCCAGGUUACUCAGACCAUUGCAUUCUUCCACAGCUGCCUGAAUCCAGUUCUUUAUGUUUUUGUGGGGGAGAGAUUCCGCCGGGAUCUUAUAAAAACCCUGAAGAAACUGGGAUGCAUCAGUCAAGCCCAAUGGGUCUCCUUCACCAGGAGAGAAGGGAGUCUAAAGUUGUCAUCCAUGUUGGAGACAACAUCUGGAGCCCUCUCUUUAUAA